GUUUCAGAGCCGUAAAAGUUAAACAAAAUAAAAAUAUCAUUUUUAGACUUCUUAUCGAACUUCGGUUUUAGUUGUUAAAUUAGUUAAUUGUUGUUUUUAGUAUAACGAUUUAUUUAUUUACCUUUAGAAUACUUACUGUUGUGAUAUACAAUUUUAGGGUAACUAAAGAUGGAAGAUAACCCUUCUACUGACGGCGAAACUCAAGAUUCCCCACUUAGGUCUACAUUAAGUAGUAAAAAGUUGAAAUUAAACGAUGGGAGCUCUCAGGACUGUAGUGAAGAUGCAGCUUCGUCUAGUAUUAAAGAAGAGAAAGAUGACAAUGUUGACAGCGGAGUGUAUGCUGACAAAUCUGAGAGCACCAGCAGCGACGACCGACUCACAAGAACAAGCGAGGGCCCAUCCAAUGAGCUCGUCAACGCAGCAUCAACUAGUAGUAACGUGCGUGCCAUACUUUCGGAUAUUAAGAAUGUCAGACGCGGUCGAAAUUAUAGGAAAAGAAAAACGCCUGGUAGAGACUCUGAUAGUAAUGAUACUUCUAGAGAUUCUGAUGAUUUAUCAGCAGAGGAAACUGUACUCAAUACUGGUCCGCAGAUGAGCAGCAGUUCAGCAGCAGAUAGUGAAGAUAAUGAACAGAGACUGUUUGGAUUAUUUUCUAAUAUGUCUCAUAGUGGGUCACCAUCAUCAUUUUCUUCGUACAGUGAUGAUGAUUCCAGUAGUGGGAGUAACAUGAAUCGGUUGCAGUCAGGAGACACUGACAGCGAUGAUGAUGGCCACUGGGAUAGGUCCAUGGAAUUGGACGAAUCCCAUAAACCACCUAGUGUAUUGUUUAAGGUUCGGCCUAAACAUAAUUACCAUUUGUGUAAAGAACUAAUAAAACGAGAGCUUGGUUUGACAUUUCCAUACGGUAACCAAACGAAACCUGAUGUUAUGUUUGAGAAGAGGUUCUACGGCUCGCUGCACGCCGUGUACAGACUUGACAGUUUACACCACCUGAAUGCGCAUGCAGGCUGUGUCAAUUCUAUAAAUUUUCACCCCGAAGGUAAGCUUCUGGCAUCAGGCUCUGAUGACACAAACGUCAUAGUAUGGGAUUGGGCGCGGAAUAUUCCGUUGCAGUCAAUCAAAACUGGCCAUAAAUCCAACGUGUUCCAAAGUAGAUUUUUAUAUUUAAACUCUGGAAGUCAACUUAAUAUUGUUACGUGUGCGCGGGAUGGUCAGGUGCGGCUGGUGCAGUGCGCGGCCAGCGGCGGCAGCGCCACGCGGCGGAGGCUCGGAGCACACGCGCGCGCCGCGCACAAGCUGCACGUGUCGCCCGCCGAGCCGCACCUCGUGCUGUCCGCCGGCGAGGACGGCCUCGUCAUGCAGUGCGACGUGCGCGAACACCACGCGGCCAGGUUGAUGGUAGUGAAAGAACCGAAGCGAGACGCGCCGAUACCACUGUACACCAUCCACGGUCACCCGCUGGAUAUCCACGAAGUGAUCGUUGGUGGUCGCGACAAGUUCCUGCGUACAUACGACCGACGGAAGUGUACAAAACCCCUCCAUAUGUACUGCCCCCCUCCCUUCAUAGACAAUACGGACGUAAGAAAAUCGCGGUAUUCGAAGAUGCAUCUCACGUGCGCCAUAUACAACCACAACGGGUCCGAGAUACUAGUCUCCUACAAUGACGAAGAUAUAUUUCUAUACGAUACUAAAAGAGACGUGUACGAUAUAGAUGACGUAAACGAAGAGAAGCAAGGCUUCACUCAUCGAUAUAGUGGACACCGGAACUGCGCUACCUUCAAAGGCGUCUCGUUCUUCGGACCUAACAGUGAAUAUAUCGUCUCUGGUUCGGACUGCUCCCAUAUAUAUAUUUGGGAGAAGAAAUCGGAGUCCAUUGUACAGUGGAUGCGGGGGGAUGAUAAUGGCAUUGUAAAUUGUAUAGAAGCACAUCCUCGUUGCCCUGUCCUAGCUACUAGUGGUCUUGACAAGGAUGUAAAGAUCUGGAUACCGAAACGAGAGGCGGACCCUGAAUUUAAAGGUUUAGAAAUGAUUGUCUGCAAGAACAGCGUGUCGUCACUGCCCAGUCCGGUGUUCAGCGAUUUCCUACCAUCAUUGUACAGAGCGCGAAGCAUCGAGAUCGACCACAGCUUCCAGGACGAUAUGGACUUCGAGAACAACUGCUCUACCUUUUAACCUCAACAACCACAUUUCUACUGUAGCUUUGUUGCAUGGUGCAGCUGACAAGCAUUUGCACACUUAUCUGUCAUUCAUCAUGAUAUUUUAACGAAUUAGUAAGAACUCAAAAACUAUUUUGCACUAUAUGACUACAUUAUCUUAACAAUUCAUGACAUAUAUAAAAAAAAUUAAGAAGAUCAAAAACAUGCAGACAUGGCUGUAUGGGCGCAGUUCCCUUUGCCUUUCCGUUAAAGGCAUUUUGUAAAAAGAAUAACAGAACAAAAAAUAUUAACGAAUUAGAUGUUAUUUUGCGGAAGUUCUUUUCGCUAACUCACCAUCUGCUUCUUCCUUAUCCCAUUUAUUUGAGUACAGCGUAAUAUGUUUUUCUCUUCCACUUAUUCCUGUUUGCAGUCAUCUUGUUAUUUACUCCCUUUCUUGCUAUAGUAUAAGUACCUUUCACUAAUUAAUUGGUUUAUAUUCUUUUGUCUAAUUUCGCUACAAUUAUUAUGUGUGAGAUCAGACACAUAUUCUAUGCGGAUAUUUGACUACUGUUACGACCUUUUCUAUUGGUGAUCAAAUUCUGACCGUUUUUGAGUCUGCACCCAUAUUGCGACGUAUUUCGCCUCUGAACGAGGUAUCAUCACGCAUUGAAUAGUAUUCGGAUAUAGUUUGGAAACCUAGUAUUGGCGUUCGGUCGCCUAAUUAUAGUGGAAUUAAACAAAAUAAUUAAGUAUUCAUCAUUAUAACCAACCCAUUGCAGUCCACUGCUGGACAUAGGCCUCUCCCAAGGCACGAUCUUGAGCCCUUCUCGUCUAGUUAUAACCUGCAACCCU